ACUACUUGGAGGGGGGGAACUGGUACAGAUAUUUAGUUGCUCGCUACAAUAGUGAAAUGACUAAAGUACCCCUCGAUCUUAACCCAAUUUAGUGGAGAAUAUCUCGUAAUUAAUCCCUAGAAACAAGGGCAGUUUCCAUAAAUCUCUACAACUUGCACUUUCCCUUCUUUCUUUUUCUAUUAUUUCUUGCUCUUCUACGAGAGACAGAGAGAGAGAGAGAGAGAGAGAAAAAAAUGGCGAAGGGUUGCGAGCUGUGCGGGAAAGCGGCGAGGAUGUACUGUGAGUCAGACGAGGCGAGCUUAUGCUGGGACUGCGAUGAGAAAGUUCACGGUGCCAACUUUCUUGUGGCGAGGCACGAGAGGACCUUGCUUUGCCAAGUCUGUCGGUCUUUGACUCCAUGGAAAUCCUCUGGCCCUAAGCUCUGUCCUACAGUUUCUGUGUGUGAAGCCUGCGUUAACAACAACAACAACGAAUGCCAGCGUGGCCAGGUCGCUGAGAGUCAAGAAAGUAUCAACGAUCAUGAUGAGGAUGAUGAUGAUGAUGAUGAUUCUGAAUCUGAUGAUGAGGAUGGAGAUUAUAGUUCUGAUGAGGAUGAGGAACAUGAGGUGGAGGAGGAGGGAGAGAAUCAGGUGGUUCCGUGGUCCUGUGCUUUAUCGCCGCCACAGCCACCGCCGCCGCCGAGUUCCACGAGUAGCGACGAGGAGGAGAAAGAGGAGUUGUCGAGUACGGCUUUUUCGACAUUGAAGCGAGCGCGUGUGAAUGCAGAUCUCGAUUCUGAUAAUUUCUCGGCAACCAAACAGAUAUUUGUUAGGUUUUACUUGGGAGUCCAAAAAUUCAAGGCUGUGAUUGGUUUGUACAGGAUUAUAUCGGGUGCUCUACAUCUCUAAGGGCCACUGGAGCUUUAGCCAAUGAGGAAGCGAGCUCUUUGGGCUCAUUGAGGGCACGGAAGCAGCGAAAAAUAACCACCGAAGCGAACCAAUCAAAAAAAGGUCAAGAAGAGCCAAGAUCGACGACGGCGAUCAUAAACUCGCUCAAGAGACUCCAAAACGACAUUGCCAUUGACGGUCAAGAUGCCGCCGCUACUGUCCUCAAGCUGAGCAGAGAUCAGAGCCGUUAAUUUUGGAAUUUUAUUUUAUUUUUGUUUACUAACUCUUUUUUUCAUUUUUUUUUUUUUUUACCACAAGUUUUAAGGGUUUUUUUUUUUUUUUUUUAUUAAUCUAUAUUAUAUGGUAUGAAUUAAUUUUUCUGCGACUCCAAAUUUGUACUGGCUUGUAUAUAAAUUAGUGCGGAUUUUUCACCUAA